AUUAAGAUGGCAAUCGGAGAAACAUGUGCGAAAAUGUUCAUGAGUUUCUUUGAUUUUAGUGUUUUUUAUCCAACAUACGUGUGUUUCUUCUGCGUUUGAGAAAGUCUACAAGGCUAUAAGGGAAACCAGCGGAAACAUGCCUCCCAGGAGAAAACGAUCUCGAGGUAAACAAAGUGGACCAGAAAACCUGAAGAAGGCCCGUUGGGAUAUCCAGAAGCUGACCCAGGGAGAGGAGGUACCGACUCUUCCUGCACCCCAGCAGGACAGAAGGGUCCAGGGACUGCCCAACCGCAAGGAGCAACGAAAAGCUGCCAGGAAAAACAAGAAGGCCAGGAAGGAUGCUUUCUACAGGCACCAGAAGGUCCCAGAGACUACUGCCUCAAAACAAACUGACCCUAGAGGAGGGGAAAGAACCAAGGGCACAGGAGGACAGCAGAAGAGAGUUCACUUCCAACUUCAAGACAUGGCUCACAAAACCGAAAGUAAAAGUGAUGUAACAAUAGAGAAGGAGACUGUUGAGGAAGAUCACAGGAACAAGAGUAUUAAAGCCUUGAUGGAGAAAAUGGACAAGAAAACGAAAAGAAAAGCAGGAAGGACACAGAGUAAGUCCAAAGAACAGCUGAUCCAGGAAAAUGAAGAGGAAGACAGGAUCAUCAAGAGACUGGAGAAGAAUCUUGGCUAUAACAAGAGGAAGACAAAGUCCAUCCCAAUGGCACUGAAGAGAGAUGGUUUUGACUACUUGCUGGAGCUGUGUGAUGAAGAUACCAGAAAGGCAGCCAUCUUUCAAGACUCAGAUGGAGAGGAAGACCAGCCAGAUAGCAAGGAAACAAAGAGAAAAGCAUUAAAGAACACAACUGAGAGUGAUGCUGGUGAUGACAGUGAUGAUGAUGAUGAUGAGGAAGAGGAAGAUGAGCAGGAUGACAGUGAUGUAGAAAAUGAUAGCUCUGAAGAUAAUAUAGAGGAAGAUGAAGACAUGGGAGACAUUGAUGACUUACAUAAAGCUUUAGAUCAGCUAGAAGAAGGUGAAGAAGACUCAGAUGAUGAUGAUUUUGAUGAGGAUGAUAGUGAUGAAAGCAUGGAAGAUGAUGAAUAUGAUGAUGAUGAUGAUGAUUACAGUGGCAUGAUUGAAAAAAGUCACGACUCUGACCUUGAAAAUAACCUUGGAGAAGACUCAGAAUCGAGUGACGAAGAGAGCAUUCUGACCAAACCUGACAUUGUAAAGAAACCAAAUAAGGCAAAAUCUAAGAAUUCAGACACCCAAGCUGCUACAAAGGUAAGCAAAAAGGAACAGAAAAGAAAUGAAAAAGGUGGUAAAAAUCUACAGGAACAAAGUGAUGCUAGAACCAGUAAAGAGAAGAAAACACUUGAAUCAAACAAAGAUGAUGCGGGUAAAGACAAUCCCUCAGAGAGAACCCAGGAGAAGUUAGACAUCUAUGGCGGGGCCGUGGCGAGGUACAUCCCUCCACAUGAGCGCCUGCAGCCACCUGGAGAUGAUGAGAGAAGGAAGGUGACUUUAGACCGGCUCAGGAAACAGGUGAAAGGGCUGAUCAACAGGUUAAGUGAAGGCAACAUGCACAGCAUUGGGAAACAGUUCGAGAGUUUGUAUGCCAGCAACAGUAGGAAUGACAUGAAUGACAUGGUGACGUCAGUGCUGACAGAGGCGUGUCUCUCCCCUGACCCUCUGCCUGAGCGACUGAUGAUGGAACACUGCAUGUUGGUGGCCCUCCUGCACAACAACAUCGGGACGGAACUCGGCGCUCACCUUGUGGAGUUCCUGGCACGGCGCUUCGACCGUCUACACAGAACCAACGACAACCGUGGGGAGGGCAAGGAGUGUGAUAAUGUGGUCGCCAUGUUUGCCCACCUCUACAACUUCAAGCUCAUCCACUGCGUUCUCAUUUAUGACAUCAUCAGGCGCUUGAUUGAGAGUUUUAAUGAACGUGAUAUAGAACUCAUAUUGGGAGUACUCAGGAAUGUUGGUUUCCUGAUCAGAAAGGACGACCCUGCUGCUCUAAAGGAUGUGAUCCAGGUCAUCAGUACCAAGGCUGCAGCAGCCAGUCAGGACUUCAGGGAACAGUCUCGUGUAAAGUUUAUGCUUGAAACGAUCGCAGCUCUGAGAAACAACAACAUGAAGAAGAUGCCAAACUACGACCCUGCUCACCUGGAGCAUCUGCAGAAGCUGCUGCGAGGAAUGCUCAGAAAUAAAGGCAGUAUGACUGACACCCAGCUGCAGAUCCCCUUGGAGGACCUCCUGAGUGUAGAAGAGAAGGGGCGCUGGUGGGUGGUGGGGUCGGCCUGGACAGGGAGGGGUCCAGGGAAGGAAGACAACGACGGGGAAGGCCCUGUCGUGCAGGGAGAGAUGAGUGAGAAGAUCUCAGAGCUAGCCAGGAGACAGCGGAUGAACACAGACCUGAGGAGGAACAUCUUUGCUGUGGUCAUGACCAGUGAGGACUACCUGGAUGCCUUUGAGAAGCUGCUGCAGCUGCAGCUGAAGAAAUCCCAGGAACCUGAGGUCAUCCACGUGCUGCUGGACUGUACCAUGCAGGAACGGGGGUACAACCCCUACUACUCCUACCUGGCACAGAAGUUCUGUGACUUCGACAGGCGCUUCAUGAUGACCAUUCAGUUCAGUCUGUGGGACAGGUUUGCUGUGAUUGACAGCCUGUCUUCCCAGAAUUCCUCUAACUUGGCCCAGCUGGUGACACACCUGUUGGUUACCAUGGCGAUUCCACUGUCAGUGCUGAAGAAAUUUGAGUUUGCUUCCCUCGAGAAAGCGACAGUGCAGUUCUUACGACAGAUCCUGCUAGCCCUGCUACUGGAACAGGAAGAGAACACCGUCCAGGCUGUCUUUACCCGCGUGGCCAAGUUCCCAAAACUCCAGCAGUUCCGAGACGGUCUGAGACUCUUUAUGAGUCACUUCCUUAUGAAGAAGAGAUCCAAGAUGGAGGAUGAGAUAGCUCAGAAGUUGAGAAGAAGACUUCAAAUGGCAGAGAGAGCCCUGCUUGGUACAGGAAGCAAGGCAGCUGUUUAGAAUUAGAGUACAAAGUUUAACAAAUUCUUGUCUUCGGAUAUCAAGAAAAAUUGAAUAAGUUCAGAUUAUUGGAAGUUUCAUUCUGUGUUGUGUUCAGCAUAUAAAAAACGCAAACAUUUGCAACUGUCAAAAAUCUGCCAAUAUAUAUUCAGGCAUUGUAUGUUUCUGUUUCUGAUUGUAUGUAACAUCCAUGUCCAUAAUAUCACCAGGGUCCAUAAUA